AUGGAUCACAACUUAGCUAAAAAUGAACUUGUUGUAGAUUUAAUAGAUGAUAUUAAUAAUGAUAUAUCCACUGAUACAAAAGAUAAUAACAAUGCAUUGGUCAAUAUAAAGGAUGAUAAUAAUGCAUUAAUCAAUGCAAAAGACAAUAAUAAUGCAUUGGUCAAUAUAAAGAGUAAUAAUGCAUUAGUUAAUACAAAGGAUGAUAAUAUAUUUGCUAAUGUAAGAGAUGAUGAUUCAUUGACAGGUAUAAAAAAUGAUGAUUUAUUAGCUAAAGAUAAUUCAGAAAUAGGUUUUUUAGAUGAUUAA